AUGCACUUGAACCUUGCUGCUCUGGCAGUGGCCGCUACGACUUUGCUCGCUUCGGCCAACGCUCUCUCACCUCAGGAUGUCCCGGCCGACCUUCCUGUUUCGCAGCUCCUUACUACGGCGCAGUCGCAUUUGUCUCGUGGCGAAACCAACGAGGCUCUUGUCUACUAUGAUGCCGCCAUCGCUCGCGACCCUACCAACUACUUGACUAUUUUCAAAAGGGCCACCACGUACCUCUCCUUGGGCCGAACUUCGCAGGCGACCGAUGAUUUUAAUAAAGUGCUGUCGCUGAAGCCUGGCUUCGAGGGUGCCCACCUUCAACUUGCCAGGCUGCGUGCCAAGGCAGGAGAUUGGGACGCCGCAAAGACACAAUAUGGACUUGCUGGAAAGCCUUCUAGCUCUGCUGAGGUCGUGGAGCUCGAUGAAGCCAAACUGGCCUACAGUAUGGCUGAGAUGGCUGGCAAGGGCGGGAAGUGGGAUGAGUGUGUCAGCCAUGCUGGUACGGCCAUCGUGGUUGCGAGUCGAUCUCCCCAUCUGCGCGAACUUCGAGCGCAUUGUCGUUUCGAACUUGGGGAUGUCGAAGAAGGCAUGAGCGACCUGCAACAUGUCCUCCACAUGAAGCCUGGCGAUACCAGCCCGCAUGUUGUCAUCUCGGCUACCUCUUUCUAUGCGUUGGGCGACAUGGACAAUGGUAUCGGGCAGGUCAAGAAGUGCCUUCAGUCUGAUCCAGAUUCCAAGAUCUGCAAGAAGUUACACAAGCAGGAGAAGAAGCUCCAGAAGGCGAUCCAGAAAGUCCAAACCCAACUCGGCCGAUCCCAACCUACUACAGCAGGCAGAGCGUUGGUUGGUACUGCUGAUGAGCCUGGUCUGGUCCCCGAAGUUCGACAACAGGUGGAUGAGCUGAAGAAGAACAAGAGCAUCCCACACAACGCACGCACACAACUAUUGGAACUCUUGAUAGAGCUCACCUGUCAAGCACAGAGCGAGUCAAAUCACAAAGACGUUGCCAAGUAUUGCGACGAGUCGUUACAGCUUAACCCCGACUCAUUUUGGGGUCUGCUGCACAAGGGUAAAACACAAUUGAAGAGUGAACUAUACGACGCCGCUAUUGCAACCUUCCAAAAGGCUGCUGAACUUCGACCCGAGCUAAAGGAGAAGGUCAACCCCCUGCUCAACAAGGCAAACAUUGCUCUCAAGCGCAGCAAGACAAAGGACUACUACAAAGUCCUUGGUGUUGAGCACGACGCCGACGAACGCCAGAUUAAAUCCGCCUACCGUAAGCAGUCUAAGAUCUUCCACCCAGACAAGGCGGCCAAGCAAGGUAUUCCCAAGGAGGAGGCCGAGAAGAAGAUGGCUAGCAUCAACGAGGCAUACGAAGUGCUUAGCGACCCUGAAUUGCGAGCGCGCUUCGACAAUGGUGAUGAUCCCAACUCGCAAGAAGGUCCCAGAAACCCCUUCCAGCAGGGCAACCCCUUCGGCGGUGGCGGACAUCCUUUCAUGUUCCAGCAAGGUGGUGGUGGGCCCAACAUUAAGUUCCAGUUUGGAGGUCAAAACUUCGGCUUCUAA